AGUUACAGCGCGCGGAACUGUCAGAUCAUCAGAAUUACAGCAGUUUUACUGGAUUUUACUGGAUUCUGAAGGUUUUUACAGGAUUUCUCAGGAUUUAACUGGUUUUACUGAGCGGCUGGUUUUGAUCUCCAGGCUGGGAGAAGAUCAGGAGGUGGAUGGACGGGCUCUGAGGAAUCUAUCAGGGGUUUAUUUAUCGCAGAAAUGCCCGAGAUGAUCUCGGUGGAAGAGUUUAUCUCAGAGACUCUGGAGGACUGGAGCUCCCCCACAACAUCCGCCUUCAUCACCAAGAUGACCAGCUGCAGAAACUCCGCCCACACCGUGGAGGAGGCUUUGGACUCAGACCGGACUGUACUGCAGAAAAUGAAGAAAGCUGCUAAAGCCAAGCAUUCAUCAGGUCAAGAUCAUAUAUCACAUCUGGAGGUGUUCAUUAACUCCAUGGAGAAGCUGGCGGUGAAUUUCCGCAGUAACGGAGAACAGGAAGUGGCCUCGGCCUUUAAUAAGUUCGCUGAGUUCUCUAAAGAGCUGCUGACACCCAUGAAGAACCUGUUGAAGAGCAUGCUGCACAACAUCAACUUCUUCCUGGACUCUCUGGUGAAAGGGGAUCUGAAAGAGGUUAAAGGUGACCUGAAGAAGCCGUUUGAUAAAGCGUGGAGGGAUUAUGAGAAUAAAUUCAGUAAGAUUGAGAAGGAGAAGCGGGAGCUGGCGAGGCAGUACGGGAUGGUGAGGACGGAGGUGAGUGGAGGAGAGAUAGCGGAGGAGUUGGAGAAAGAGCGGCGGAUGUUUCAGCUGCAGAUGUGUGAGUAUCUCAUCAAAGUCAAUGAAAUUAAAACCAAAAAAGGUGUGGAUCUCCUGCAGAAUCUCAUCAAACACUACCACUCGCAGUGCAAUUUUUUUCAGGAGUGUCUCGCCGCCACAGAGAAGCUGAAGCAGUACAUCGACGCUCUGACCGGAGGACUCAGCACUAUUAAGCACAGGCAGGAUGAGGAGAAGAGGCAGUUGUGUUCACUACGGGAUCAACUAAAAACUGCAGUACAACCUGAACUUAAAGAGGAUUCUUUAAGCAGACAGACAGUGUACAGUAUGCAUCAGCUUCAAGGCAAUAAGCAGUACGGCACCGAGAAAUCAGGAUUCCUCUAUAAGAAGAGCGACGGAUUGAGGAAGAUGUGGCAGAAGAGGAAGUGCAGCGUCCACAACUGCUAUCUCACCAUCGCUCACGCCACUCCUAAUAAAUCUCCGGCUAAGCUGAAUCUGUUGACGUGUCAGGUUAAACCCAGUGUGGAGGAUAAGAAAUGCUUCGACCUCAUCUCUCAUAACCGAACUUAUCACUUCCUGGCGGAGGAUGAGCCGGACUGUGUGGCGUGGAUCUCGGUGCUGAUGAACAGUAAGCAGGAGGCUCUGAACGUGGCUCUGGAUGAGAGGAGGGCGGGUGGAGAGAGCAGUGUGGAGGAUUUAACUCGCUCCAUCACGGAGGACGUUCUCCGGAUGCCGGGGAAUAACGUCUGCUGUGACUGUGGAGCUCCAGAUCCUUCCUGGAUUUCCACUAAUCUGGGGAUCCUGACGUGUAUCGAGUGUUCAGGGAUUCAUCGAGAGAUGGGCGUCCAUCACUCCCGGAUUCAGUCCCUCUCUCUCGAUAAACUGGGAACUUCUGAACUGCUGUUGGCGAGGAAUGUGGGGAACUCAGGGUUUAAUGAGAUUGUGGAGGCCAAUCUCCCCAGUCCCUCUCUAAAACCAACUGCAGAAAGUGACAUGGCGAUACGUAAAGACUUUAUUCUGGCGAAGUAUUUAGAGUGCCAGUUCGCUCAGCGCAGAGGCGGAUCUGCAGAUACUCUACGGCGCCGCCUGCAGGAGGCGGUUCAUAGCCGCGACGUUUACAGCCUGGUGCAGCUCUACGCCGAAAAAAUGGACCUGAGCCUCCCACUGCCCAGCCCACUGCAGGAAAAGAGGGAGACAGCGCUGCAUCUCGCCGUUUUAUUGGCUGAUCGGACCUCCCUGCACAUGGUGGACUUCCUGGUUCACAACUGUAAUAAUCUGGAUGCGCAGACCUCACGGGGGAACACUGCGCUGCAUUACUGUUGUCUACACAAUAAAACUGAGUGCCUUAAACUCCUGCUGAGAGCAAAGGCCAACACUCAUAUCAAGAAUGAAGGUGGAGAGACGGGUUUGGACGUGGCUCGGAGGCUGAAGCACUCUCACUGUGAAGAGCUGAUCCAGCAGUCCCAGAAUAACCAGUUUAAUAUGCACAUCCACGUGGAGUACGAGUGGAGGCUUCGGCAGGACGACCUGUACGAGAGCGACGAUGAUCCGGAGGAAAAGGCGGGUCCGGUGAAGAAGGAUCGGUCCAGUCGGCCGUUCAGUUUUUACCACGGCGGCUCUCAGGACCGCGGCGGCGGGAUAUUCAGCGUGGGGCGGAGACUCGCUCUGGGGCGGGGCGACCACAAACGGGACGUUUACAGCACCCCCAGCCCCCACACCCGCAGCCUGGACUCCCCCCCGCCCCCCCCGCCCUCAUCACCCGCACCACCACUGCCCCCUAGAGUCCGGGCUCCGAAUGUCCCGCCCCCUCCGCCGCCGGUCAAUCCCCCGGACGGGUGGGUGGAGCCGAGCUUCAGUAAGAGGAGAACUCCGCCCCCUCCACUACUGAUCCGACACAAACGAACCCAUUCAGAACCGUCUCCUCAGAUCCCCCUCAGUCCCCACGGAGCCUCACGUCCCGGAUACGCAGAUUACGGCGUGCCGGCCAGUCCGCGGGGUUUCAGUAUUCAGGACUCUUCUGCUCUGAAGUGUGUCUCAGGUUCUCCAAAAUUCACCACGACCCCCGCACUCAACUCCCUGUCUGAACUUCCUGAGCGAGGUUUCCGAGCGGAUGGGGAGAGCAGCUUCCUGUAUCAGACUCCUCCCAUCAGCAGUUCAGGACGUCACACCAGCCAAUCACCGACCUCCCCCAGAUCUUUCAGCCAAUCACCAACCUCCCCCCGAUUCUUCAGCCUGGACUCCAACGGGAGCUCCUCCUGUCCCAGCGCUCCUCACCCCCUACCCAGACGCACCCUGGUGAAGUCGAAGUUGAAGCGAGUGAAAGCUCUGUACGAUUGUGAGGCUGAUCAUCAUGAUGAGCUCACGUUCAGAGAGGGGGAUGUGCUGGUGGUUGUGGUGGAGGAGGAUGCUGAUUGGUGGCACGGUUACGUCGAGGGACAACCAGAGAAGACCGGUCUCUUCCCAGCGUCCUUCGUCUCUCCAAUGUCCCAAUAAAGACAUGAAGACAAAGAUCCAGAGCGAGUGGAGACAGCUGUGUGAGAGAUCUGAUUUGACGGUCAUGUUGUGUAAAAUCAGUGUUAUAAUGAGAUGCACGGCUUUAAAACUCAGAACCAGACGAUUCUGAACCGGAAACACUGGAUACUUUUCCACCGCAGAGCUAAACGGCUGCUGAAGCCACGCCGUACCGAACCGCGUUAGCGCCGAUCCGUUAGCCUGGUUACAGGUUCUGAUUUUAUUAGCAAUGCUGCUCCGGGGAUCAUCCAACAUAACUAAACGUGCUGGUGACCAGGUUCAUCUAACAUCGCUAACGCAGUGUUAGCAAUGCUGUUGAACAGGCUAAUCCAACAGUGCUAAUGCAAUAAUAACAUGAUAAUAACCAGGCUCAUGCUAACAUUAUGAACAUGGUGUUAGCAUGCUGUCCACCAGGGUCAUCCUGUGUUGCUAACAUGACAUUAGCAAUGCUUGCAACCUAGCUCAUCCAAUCACGCUAAUGCAUCGUUAGCAUGCUGACAAGCGUGAGCAUCCAACAUAACUAAGCAUGCUAGUGACCAUGUUCAUCUAACAUGCUCACUAGCAUAGCAAUGCUGGUGACCAAAAUAAUCCAAUUUGGUUAAUAUAGCAUUAGCAUUAGCCACCGACAAGGCUCAUCCAACAUCACUAAUGUACAACGGUGCUUAAAAGUUUGCGAAUCUUUUAUAAUUUUCUACAUUUUUGAACAUUGUUGUUUUAUUCUAUAAACUACAGACAACAUUUCUCCCAAACUACAAAUAAAAAUAUUCUCAUUUAGAGCAUUUAUUUACAGAAAAUGAGAAAUGACUGAAAUAAUAAAAAAGAUGCAGAACUUUCAGACCUCAAAUAAUGCAAAGAAAACAAGUUCAUAUUCAUAAAGUUUUAAGAGUUCAGAAAUAAUCAAUAUUUGGUGGAAUAAUCCUGGUUGGUUUUUAAUCACAGUUUUUUUUUCAUGCAUCUUGGCAUCAUGUUCUCCUCCACCAGUCUUACACACUGCUUUUGGAUAACUUUAUGCUGCUUUACUCCUGGUGCAAAAAUUCUCUUUUUAAAAAACUCUUUUUAGAGUUCUUAUUUUAGCAUGUUUUGUUGCAAUUUGUUGUUAAUUUGUUGUUUUUAUCUCAGUGUGAACAGAAAUAUCGUCAACAAAAGAGGGGAAGGAAAUGUCUACAUAUGGGCGGGGCCUAACAGGCUUUCACUCGUGUAAAGUUCACAAGUGUUCCUCAGAGCGAGAGGAAGGAACCUUAAACAAAGAAAAGACUCAAAAAGGGGAAACUCCUUCUCAUCUGCUCAAACUAAUAAUACGACAAUAGCAGAAAGAAAUUAUAAAUAAAUCCACAGUUUAUUAAUCAGUCUAUUAAAACCACACUUUUAUUUAGAUCCUUAAAAGUUUUUAUGUAACUGAUUAAUAAUAGAAAUGUUAGGAUUAUUAUCUGUGAUCACAUUAGUGUGAAUAUCGUUGCUGCCAAGAAAAAAACUUUUUACUCUUAGAUAUAAAGUGAAUCCAGCAGUUGUUUUUCACAUUGCAUUAAUAUUCCUUGAUUUACAAUUUAUUUAUUUUUUUAGUUUUUUUGUCUGACAGCAGUGAUUAGUAAAGAACUCCAUGCUUUCUGCAUACAUUACCAUUUUAGAAAAAGAACAACUCCAGAUUUUUAUGCUUAUUUUGCUUAUUUAAGCUCGGAACUGCUUGAAUUUUUACACCAGGAGUAAAGCAGCAUAAAGUUAUCCAAAAGCAGUGUGUAAGACUGGUGGAGGAGAACAUGAUGCCAAGAUGCAUGAAAAAAACUGUGAUUAAAAACCAACCAGGGUUAUUCCACCAAAUAUUGAUUAUUUCUGAACUCUUAAAACUUUAUGAAUAUGAACUUGUUUUCUUUGCAUUAUUUGAGGUCUGAAAGUUCUGCAUAUUUUUUGUUAUUUCAGUCAUUUCUCAUUUUCUGUAAAUAAAUGCUCUAAAUGAGAAUAUUUUUAUUUGGAAUUUGGGAGAAAUGUUGUCUGUAGUUUAUAGAAUAAAACAACAAUGUUCAUUUUACUCAAACAUAAACCUAUAAAUAGCAAAAUCAGAGAAACUGAUUCAGAAACUGAAGUGAUCUCUUCAUUUUUUACAGAGCUGUAAAUAAAACAAAUUAGAAUUUUACAAAAACUGGACAUCAGAUCAGUUCAGAAAGAUAAAACAUAAAACUGUGUAAUUUGUUCUACGAUUUUGCCAAAUUUUGGACUUUGGUUGUUGAAAAUGUGACUUGUAAAUAAGUCUAUUUUUUUUGGUAAAUUUUAUUUCAAAGUUUACAGGCACUUUUCAGUUAUAAACAAGCUCACUAUUCCCCAUUAGAAUGGAGUCGAUAUUUUGUUGCUAACUGAAAAAAACAAAUCGUAAUAAAGAACUUGACUUACUAUAAUAAUUAUUAUUAUUAUUAUUGACUUUAUUGCGCACUAAUGUACAUAGAG